AUGGCUCAGAUCUGUACAAGGCCGGCUCGUCAGGCCGCAGCAGCAACCACGACGGAAUCCGUGGCUCCAGUUUCUGCACUGAACAAGACACAGGACCAACACGUUUCUACUGGUUCAAAUACCCAAACUAUUCCUAAGCCACUUGCGCUUCGUCAAUCGCAGACUCUUAGGCAGAAACAGAGUCUUGCGUUUGCGCAGAUUAUGCUACACGCUUCACUAAUUGAAUGGCAUAAGUUUGGAACGCUUUUCUAUCUCAGGUAUGCCCUCACCCUGGUCAAACUAGAAUUCUUACCAUUGUCAUGUUUCGGAGAACGUGAUCUUCUUAACCUAAAGAAUCCGAAUUCAAACAUCUCUUACAGCGAUUUCGUCGACGGCUGUUCCAACCCUGUAGUCGAACCUAGCAAGCGUGGACAGCCACUGAAGAUUAUCCUACGAGACCGCAAUGAGUACGGGAUCUUUGACGCUCUGGAAAGAAACGUCCUUGAAGCAAUUCAACUUACAGUAUUUGUUGAUAAGCAAAACCCUUCACAUGUUCUAGAAAGCUAUACGUUUUCUUUCAACUACACAGAGGGUGUUCAAGCGCUCAAGCGAGGGCUAGAAGCAGUCUCUCUCGAAACCACUGUGCACUCGACAGAAGUAAAAACCUUCCGAACGGCAAAGCAGGGGUUAGAGAUGAUAAUUCGUCGGCUUAUAACCUUAAGCACUUUCCUGCCUAUUCUGCCAAAUAAGCGAUUCCUGGAAAUACACCUGUUCUAUACCGACAAUUGCCCUCGACAAUAUGAACCUCAAGGGUUCAAGCCUACAGCUCACAGCGACAUACUGUAUCCCAGAGACGACGUGUGGAAAAAAGAAACGCAAUCAUGUGGUGUCAUGGACUCUGGCUGUCACAGGGUUGGGCUUAAGGUCACCUCUCUUAAAUGUUCCCAUGAAGACGACAAUGAUGAGGCAGUUGGGAGGCAGAUUCCACCCACUCUUGAGUAUUCAGAAAGAGCGGAACGUGGGAACGAGUGCAAGAAUCGACGCAAGCACGUCAAGAUGCUAUCACUAAAAACAUGCUACAAAAAAUGGCCACUUGAGAUACCGACCCCUGAUAGUGAACUGAUACCAACUCAGGUGGAUUGUUACUUGAAUUCAAACCCGUUAAAGGCGGGCUCAGGUGCUAAGCCGUGCCUCAGUCAGAAGCAGACAUCAAGGAUAAAGGGAAGAGUCAAUCUUUCACAGCUAACUCAAGAUGCUACUGGCCAGGGCCUCCGAGCUGGGAGCGGCAAAGUUGAUUGCCAAUGCGGAUGGCACGAGCCAGAACCAGACAUGCUCGAAUGUGAUUUCUGCCAUACACGGCAACAUCUAACCUGUUAUGGGUUCUUACACCCUAAUGACGAGAAGAUUUCUGCUACACAUGCAUGUUAUAAAUGCCUUCUGGGAUCGGAUGAAAGCAAAGUUUUCAGGCAAAUCGAAACUCUUGUCUUGCUUCGACAGGCACUCAAAAUAAUUAUAGAAGAUGGCUACCCUCUUCGAAUUAGAGAUUUUGCUCAGAGCCUGCACUGCAGUGGAAAUGAGGUUGUGCAGAUUACAGAUCUACUUAGAAAGAAUGGUUUCCUCCAAGCAACCCCUGGGUCAAAAUCGAGGGGUUUUGCGGAGAAAGGCCUCCCGAAGUUCCGUGUUCCAGAUUCGGAAGAGACCAGGCAGCGACUGAGGAAUGAAAUAUUCAACCCCCUCGCAAAAAUAUCGCAUCAUUAUAUAAUACCAUCUACUCCUGAUGCUCAGAAUAAAAUUUCCGCAGUAGAGUCCUCGAUGCAACAUGUGAGUGCAUAUUCAGGAAGGAAAGAAAGUAACAACACUGAUUUACGGCAUACAAAGCCGGUGAAUACCCAUACCGUGCCGAACUCAGAGCCGAUUGUCAUUAGUGAAGAUGAGGAUGACGGCAUAAAUCCAUCUCCUACGACUCCUUCCAUGAACAGCCAAGCUACAUCAAAAGGUCAACGCGGGGACAGAGUUGAGCGUGAUAACACUGCUACCACUAGCCCUCCAUCAUCCCCUCCACAUUCUCAAUUCCCACUAGCGCCUGGUGCCCAAGAGGAGCUUAGAAGAGGUCUGAGGAACGGUGGGGAAAGGAGCCAUCCUCCAGUAUAUGCUAACACGCAGUUUGAACAUGUGGUCGAGCCAGCAAAGGAGCAACCGUUCAAGCGACGUAAACUUAGCAAUGUGGCCUAUCCCAUUGACAUCGGCGACUCAACUGGUGAAGAAAGCUGCUGA